AAUGAAUUAUAAACGUAUUGAUGCCCUGGCUCAACCUUAAACAUUGAGAAUCUUGGUUUUUAAAUCCUCAUAAAACCAAAUACUACUAGAGAAAAUUCUAGCAGUUGCGCGGGCUUUUGGCAUAGCAAUAGUGCGGGUGCGUGCUAGCUACUAGUACGGGGCUACAUCUAAAGUUUAGCAGUGCACGCUUCAUGCAAACUCUACUGCUAAUUCAUAUAGCAGUAGCACCGGCCCCUACCAGUGCUACAGAUAGUUAUAGUAGUAACGAGCUCAGGAUCCGCACUACUACUACAUGUCUGUAUUCCAUUUCUCUAUUGUUUUGUAGCGUAUUUAUAUACUGCUAUACAAGUUUUGAUACAGUAGCAAUUUAGAGAUUGUUAUAUCAUUAUGAUCAUGAUAUAACAACUCAGCAUCAUCAUCAUAAUAAUAAUUUAUCAUCAUUAUCAUAAUAACAAGUCAUACUCAUCAUGAUCAUAGUCAUCUAACAACUCAUCAUUAUAGCACAUCACUCAUCAUCAUAAUCAUAAUAACAACUCCUCCUCUUCAUCAUACUCAUAACCAACACGUACUAGUUAAUUGUUCUUAGCACAUGAUCAUGAGUACUAGCUAGCUAGGACCUGCUACCCUCUCUAAGGUAAAAUAGCAUAAAACAGGAUAGCCCCUGACUCUACAUUAUGGAGAAUGGAGAUUAUCAUGUCUUCAAUUCGUGGGCUUCGCACCAUGUUGCCUCCAAGUAGCUCCCUGCGAUUAUUCAUAACUUUUUUCCAUCCUUUAAUUGUGAGGUCUUCAACUUGGCUCUUAAGCAAGAAGCAGCUAACAACAAGAUGGAAGCUUCAAGGAAGAGGUUCAGGGACUCCACCCCACCUUCUUCGUCCUCUCGGGUUUUUCACAAGCAGCAAAAAUUUUGGGCUCCAGGUCCUCCAUUUCGUCCUCAACAACACAAGCAGCUCGAAGAUCGUGGUCCUUCCCACCCUCCCAACCUAGCUUAUCAGGAGAGGCCUCAUGCUCCGAGGACAGGAGAUCCUCCUCAGUCUCGCCCGCUCUCAGAUGUGACUUGCCACAAGUGUGGGCAGAAAGGGCACCAUGCAACUAAGUGUACCAACUAGAGGCGCCUUCCACCUCCGCCACUUCUCAGGUCUCCACGCAAUGCGGUGCUGAGGCAUGCCUUAAAAAUGUUUAAAAAAUUAACAUAAUUUUUAAAAAAGUUCAUGUCUUAAAAAGUCUUUAAAAUUUUCAAAAAAAUGUUCAGACCUUUUAUAAAACAUUCUAAAAUGUUUUUUGGAGAAUGCUCACAUUCCAAAAUUAUGUUUACAUUUUAUAAAGGAUCAAAUUCAAGAACAUUCUAUACAUUUCGAGAACAUUUUCUAAAAUUUAUUAAAUUGACAUACUUUUUAAAUUAUAUCCAAAAAAUCCAUAACAUUUAAAAAAUUGAUUUAUCAAUAUUUUCUAAAAUUAAACCUGUAAAGGAAACCCAAUAGACGUUUUUGUGGACAGAAACCGACCGAGAAAACCUAUAGAAACCGGCCCGAGAAAACAAAAUACUCCAUCUGAUAAACAACGCUCGUUAUUGGGUUAUAAAGGAUGCCUUUUUUGUUUAGAUAAACAACAUUCUUUAUGCAAGUAGUGAUGCUUUUUUAUAAUUUAUUCAUGUAGUGAUGUUUUUGUUAAUUUAUUCAAGCAGUGAUGUUCAAAGGGAAUACAAAGGUACAUUUCGUCCAAAAUCUAACGUGGUGGUGGCUGGACAGUAGUGUGAUCGGUCGGUCACCAGCGGAUGACUCGGCCUGUGCGUUUCCCUGGCAAUUUGACGCCGUUAGCGUCAUAUAGGGAUUUUCGGUUUUCCAGUGCCAGUGCCAGUACCAGUACAACAAAAAGAAAAAAAGUACAGUACCAGUACAGGUGCUCCUCGUCUCCUCCCGUUUCCAUCCGCCGCCGUUCGCCGGAAUCUCUCCCCCGCCGCCGUCCUUCCACCCAUCCUCCCCCAGGCGAUCUUCGCGUCUCCGACCCAAUCCCUCCCUCCCUCCCGUCCACCAGUUUCCGUCCUCGUGCCUCGAGCGGCUGUACUGUUUGCGCGCAUUGGCGAGGCCGCCUCGCCGGCGACGCGCGGUGGAGGAGCAGGAGGCAAUCUUUGCCAGGGCUGUGGAUUUCAUCAGGCAGCCCGUGCGCAUUAGGCUAGAUGGCAUCUUCUACUCUGAAACCAGGUGUGCCUGUCACUCUGCAAGAGCUAGCGCCCUCCUCGGAGAUGUUCAAGCAAGGGGCGUCCCUCCGGGUAACAGGAAUCCUUCAGUCAUACGAUGUCGACUCCGCAGUUGCCGUCAUUCGAGAUGGCAGCGCGACGAUGAAGAUCGACACCCAGCACCUGCGGGACAUCAGUUUCCGCAGCGGUUCUAUAUUCCAGUUCAUAGGCGAGCUCCUGAUCCGGCCGAACGACGACGCGAUUCUGCAAGCACGUAACGUCGAUGGCCUUGACCUGAACCUUUACCAGCAGUCUCUCAUCAUCCGACGGCAGCAUGAAGCCAGACUGCUGAGCUCCAGGAGCGCGUGAUCCAAAGCUGUGAACCAUUCUCGUGGCCUCAGUUCAGUUCCUCUGAAGUACAUGAGGGCAGAAUCACCUGACCCGUGAUGAUCCUGUGCUUCGGUUUGUUAGAUGGGUGCAAGCCUGCAAAGUAGUUCUAGUAGUUGUUAACUGAAUUUUCUUAGCAUAGAUUAUUCCCCUAGGCUAUUUUUGCUAUUCACAACUCCAGGAGCUCUUAUUAUCUCAGGGCUUACAGAUCUCUUUCUGAACAAUCGGAGUGUCCUUCCUGUAUGAGAUUACCUUCUCUUUUACAUUUUGUGACAAUAGAUGCUCUGCAAUUUGGUCC